AUGAGCUCUUCAAACUCGAGGACCACAUUCAAGCCCAUCCAACCAUCAUCCUACUGGGCUCUCAUUGUCUUUCAUUUCUCAGUGCCUACUUUCCUCGAUGUAUGGCGACAAUUCAUCGUCAACUCGCCCUAUUCAUCUUUCCUACUUGCCUUACAUCGGUCGAUCAAGUUUGCCUUUAAGUGCGUUUGCCUGGUCUGCAGUCAGUCUAAAACCAACACUAGCGAAAUUGGUCGUGCACUCAGAUUAGCACAUGCCUCCCGAGUGACGGCUACUUCACAUUACCUGGACGAGCCUGAUGAUGAUGAGGGGUCAGGGGCGCGGUCUGGAACUGAUGAGCUCUCAGAUGGUUUGGCGGUUUGGAGGAUUGAUUGGGCUCUGAGACAUUCAGUAACAUUGAUGAACGAAAAAGCAACUCUGAACACUGGCUCCACCGACACAGAGGAUGUAGCGCUGGCCAUUUUAAGCGUCAAAUCAAUAGACCCAGUGUAUACUCCUACGUUGGUACUCUGCCUCAAUCGGACCCGAGCCGCCGAUCAAUCGAUCAAGAUGGUUUUAGCACGCUCCAAUACAACCUAUAAUCCUGCGACUGACUCAUCAAGACUGAGAGACCUUUGGAAAUUGCUCAAGCCAGGGAAGCCACUCGAAUCGCUUCAUACCAAAUCAUGGCAGGAUAUUGGCUUUCAGGGUUCAGAUCCUUCGACUGACUUUCGAGGUUCUGCAAUUUUAGGGCUUGAUGCUCUGAUAUUGUUUGGACAUCGUUAUGGAAAGGCAGCUCAAGACCUUGUUGCGGAAGCCGUGGAUGGAGGACCGUCCUGGUAUCCAUGGGCACUAGCUUCCAUCAAUAUCACGUGGUGGUGUAUCUCAUUGGCAAAACAACAUCAAUUACAAUACUUUCUAUUAUCUCCUAUUCAAGACAAAUCAUAUGAAGAGAUAGAUGUACCAAUUGAACUUUUGCCAUUUCUAAUCCUACAAACUAAAUUAACUUUUCUUUUUCAUUCAUUUUGGAGAAGGCUAGAUCCACCACCUAAUGUGAUGCAAUUUGAAAGCAAGUUUAAGGUGUUCAAGGGAUCUGUGGAAUCAGGUUUGGUAAAAGGAUUGAUUGGUGGGCAUGGGGUUGGAUGGAUUGAUGAGAUUGAAGGCAACCUUGGCAAAGAUACUGGGAUGUAA